AAUGCAGACAAACGAAGGAGGAUUCACACUUUCUUUGUUUGCGCCUGUCCCUACCAUGAUGCAUGAUGCAGCCGAGCUGUUCAUUGAACACCAGGUGAACACCGCAAUUCGAAGAAAGGCCGACCAGAAGAGCCGUGGGUGAGAGUGAAGCGGAGGCAGCAGCUCAGGAGAAGAGUAGUGCGUAAGGGUGUGCAGGGGGACCUGGUUGUUGGCACCUGAUUCGUAAAUUCUUCCACCUCCACUUCGUGAAACCUAGCACUGGCUGCAGACAUGGCCAGUGAGUACCCCGCCGAAGGUGCAACCGAGCAGGUGGAGGGAGCCACAGUUGUCCAUCACUACUUGGAAAACAAGGGAGUGAAGAUUCACUAUGUCGAGACAGGAAAGCCCCCUGGGCAGCCUGUCUUGCUGCUCCAUGGAUGGCCGGAGUUCUGGUUCAGCUGGGCUUUUCAGUUGAAGGCGCUUGCAGAUGCUGGAUUUCAUGUAAUUGCCAUGGACCUUCGAGGGUACAACUUCUCAGACAAGCCGCAGAAGGUUGAGGAGUACGGGGCGGAUUACAUCAUGUCCGACGUCAGAGAGGUGGUGCAGGCCCUGGGAGCGGGCAAGCCAGUCCAUGUGGUGGCUCACGACUGGGGGGGCUUAGUGGCUUGGAUGUUCACUGAGACGUACCCCGAGCUGGUGAUCAAAUUAAUCCAGCUCAACAUCCCGCACCCCACCGUUUUUGGCAAGGCGCUCAGGGGGGGCAACUUGAGGCAGAUUUUUCGGAGCUGGUAUAUGUUCCUGUUCGGGUACCCGUGGCUGCCUGAGUGGCUGCUCAGCUUCAACAACUAUUCAUGGUUGAAGGCGGUCUUCAAGGGCACAAAGGUUCAGACGGCCGAUUUUACCAAACGGCACGUCGACGCCCAGGCACUGCCCGGCGCUCUCACCGGCGGGCUGAACUACUACCGGGCUCUCAGCAAGGGCUUGUGGACGAGGCCCCGGAAGGAGAUCCGGCAGCCGGUGAAGGUCAUCUGGGGGGAGGACGACACGGCCAUGGGCAAGGAGCUCGCGGAGCCCCCCAAGAACCGGGUGCCCAACCAGGAAGUCGUCUUCAUUCCGAAAGCGUCUCACUGGGUCUACUGGGACGAACCAGAACGAGUUAGCGAGGAGAUUCUGAAGUUCCUAACACCAACAGCAAGUUCCUGACUUGCGGAUACGUCACUCAAAACACAGCAAACCGUCAGUCGCUAAUCCCUUAGUUCUGCUCACUCCCAAUAACCCAGUUUUGAGUAACGUAGCAGUGUGUUUGUCCGUGUUUGAUAGGUGUACAUAGUGGCACUCUUGCAUUGCAGCGCCAUCGCAGUUUGAAUCGGGAGGGACGAACUUCCUGAGCAGGUUUUCUGGUUCGGCUGCAAUUUUGUAUGGACCCGUCACUGCACAUUUGUACAAUGUGAGCGCAUAGGUCAGAUAGCGAUUGUCAUCCCAUGCGCAUGUCGCAAGGGGUUGCAACCCUUGUUCUUCGAAGGCACAUGUAAAAGUACAAGCUAGAAUCGACUUUCGUAUACCUUUCAACAUUCGCUUUGCACAUUCCGAAAGCGUUUCUCUCAAAGUAC